UCUCAAUGACACUGGAAGCACAACAAACCGGUUGAUGGUGCCCAUAUAGUAUCCUAGAGAGUCCAGAGCAAUACUUAAUUAUGAAGUGAAGACGGUCAGAUUGGAUAAAUAAAGCGAUUCUUAAGUGUAUCCAUCGGUAAGGAAACUGAGAAAUGGAUACCCUAAUUCCCGUCAUCAAUCGUCUGCAAGAGGUCUUCCUCACUGUUGGGGCAGACGUCAUUCAGCUUCCACAGAUAGUGGUAGUUGGAUCACAGAGCAGCGGGAAGAGUUCGGUGCUGGAAAGCCUGGUCGGACGUGACUUUCUACCUCGGGGAUCAGGAAUAGUCACGCGGCGUCCCCUAGUGUUACAGCUGAUUAACGUACCCCCGCUGGAGGAGAGAAAACAGCAAGAGAACGGAAAUGGGGUAAAACAAAACGCCCCAAACAACUUCACAGGAAUCAAAGCCGAGGAAUGGGGAACCUUCCUUCACUGCAAGAACGAGAUAUUUGCAGAUUUUCAGGAAAUUCGCAAGGAAAUUGAAGAGGAAACCGAGCGAAGCUCUGGCGGUAAUAAGGGAAUCAGCCCUGAGCCCAUCUAUCUGAAGAUUUUCUCUCCUAAAGUCCUUAAUCUCACUCUGGUGGAUUUGCCAGGAAUUACCAAGGUUCCAGUAGGGGACCAACCAGAGGACAUUGAAGCCCAGGUACAAGAGAUGAUCCUGUCUUUCAUCUCCAAUCCCAACUCCCUGAUACUGUCAGUGUCUCCUGCCAACUCGGACUUGGCCACCUCUGACGCUCUCAAACUGGCUCGCGAGGUCGACCCAGAUGGUCGCAGGACUCUGCUGGUGGUCAGCAAGCUGGAUCUGAUGGACGCUGGGACGGACGCCCUGGAGGUCCUACUGGGGAGGGUAAUCCCCGUCAGGCUCGGCAUUGUGGGAGUGGUCAACCGGAGCCAGCACGACAUCAACACCCAGAAGAGCCUGGAGGACUGUGCCAGGGACGAGCAGGCCUUCCUCCAGCGCCACUACCCCUCGCUGGCCUCGCGCUGCGGCUCCCGCUACCUGGGCCGCACGCUCAGCCGCCUGCUCAUGCAUCACAUCCGCGACUGCCUGCCCGAGCUGAAGAGGCGCGUGACGCUGCUCAGCUCCCAGUACCAGGCCCGCCUCGGCGACUACGGCCAGCCUGUGGAGGACCACAGCGCCACCUUCCUGCAGAUCGUCACCAAGUUCGCCAGCGACUACUGCAACACCAUCGAGGGCACCGGCAGGCACAUCCAGACCACUGAGCUCUGUGGGGGGGCCCGGAUCUGCUACAUAUUCCAUGAGACCUUUGGCCGCACGCUGCAGUCCAUAGACCCCCUGGGAGGUCUGACUGAGCUCGACAUUCUCACUGCCAUCCGCAACGCCACGGGCCCGCGGCCAGCCCUCUUCGUACCAGAGGUGUCCUUUGAGCUGCUGGUGAAGAGGCAGAUGAAGCGGCUGGAGGAGCCCAGCCUGCGCUGCGUGGAGCUGGUCCACGAGGAGCUCCAGAGGAUCAUCCAGCACUGCUCCUCCUACAGCACCCAGGAGCUCCUGCGGUUUCCCAAGCUUCACGACUCCAUCGUGGAGGUGGUGACCAGUCUUCUCAGGAAACGCCUGCCUAUCACUAAUGAGAUGGUCCACAACUUGGUGGCCAUUGAGCUGGCUUACAUCAACACGAAGCACCCAGACUUCACUGAUGCAGCCCAGGUCUCCGCAUCAGUCAACAGCCAACAGGCGGAGGGCCUUGAUGGAGGAAAGCGCUGGAAGAACGAGGGGACGGAGGAGAAGGCUGCGGGGCCGUUCGGCAGCCCCAGUAGAGGCCAGGCCAUCAACCUGCUGGACACGGCGGUCCCCGCGUCCCGCAAGCUGACCUCCAGGGAGCAGAGGGACUGUGAGGUCAUCCAGCGCCUCAUCAAAUGUUACUUCCUCAUCGUCCGCAAGAGCAUCCAGGACAGUGUCCCUAAGACGGUGAUGCACUUCCUGGUGAACUUUGUGAAGGAGCACCUGCAGAGCGAGCUGGUGGGCCGGCUGUACAAGCAGCCCCUGCUGCAGGAGUUGCUCAUCGAGUCCCAGGACACGGCGCAGCAGAGGACCGAGGUGGCCCAGAUGAUGGAGGCCCUCCGAAAAGCCAGCAACAUCAUCUCCGAGAUCCGAGAGACACACUUGUGGUAGCCCGAGCCGUCGGACCAAUCCCCUCUGACGGCAGUGUGAGUGUACUGUGUGUGUGUGUCUACAGAUCGAGAACGCGUGUAUGGCAAUACCAUUGAUCUCUCACUGACCAGUGGUAGUGAGCCACCUGUGCUCUCUGUGUGUCCCCUGGCCUUCUGGCCGAGGGAUCGGGACCAUCCCUGUGUCUCUGUGAAUGGAGACCAGCUGAACACUCAGGCCAGACAGGUCCAUAAGGCCUUAGCCAGGUGGACGAGACACCCAAGAUCAAAAAUAACGCAAGAGCAUCAAUGUCUGUCUACAUGGUUUUGUUUUUGGUAAAUAGUGCUUGAAAAUGUAUAUAUAUAUAAUGUGGGGGUCCAUUUGGAGUUUUUUCCAUAGCACAAGUUACCCGUGUGCACCGGUGUGUGUGUGUGUGUUCUAUUUGCAUAAUCUGUCAUUGUGUCGGAUGUCCUGGAAAGAUGAUCCGCCAGUCGAUAUAAACAACAAUCCAAGAUUCAAAACAAUAUGAUCAUGCUCAGUUAGCAGAUACUGUUUUCUUCUAUCAAAGUUCCUAGCAACAUCAAAUCUAUAGACGAGUAUCACGUUUACAUAUCAAUCCCUGUGUACGGUUGCACUGUGUUUGUUAAUUAUAUAGGAGUAUUCGUCCUUAUAUACGAGGUAACACUGCCCUAGAAGCCCCACUCUGCAAAUGUUCAGCUUGCGGUCAUCCUGUUUUACACAGUCGUUCAACAGAGGAUUAAACUCGACAAGCUUGUGAGAUGUUCAAGAGCUAACUCUGAAUUAAAGGCACUGAUUGGAGGGUGACAUGAGAAGGACGUGAAGGAGCAGUUUGUGAACUUGCAUAUCAUUGUAGAUCCAUUUUCUCUGAGUUCUGUGAAGUGAAGUGUUGACUCCCUGAUUCCUCUGAGCUCAGGCCAUGGGCAGAAACGAGCUGAGGCAUAGAGACGAGGAAUUGUUGCUCUUCAGUAUAACCCUUGAUAUAUGAUCCGUAGCCCCUUAGCAUGGCUUAGUAGUGGAUGUGUUCGGAAGUACAAGUACCUCCUUUCCUUGUGUAAAUUAGGAAGGGUUUCGAACCCAGAUUAUUUGACGUUUUAGUUUGUUCUUGAAGCCAAAUAUCGGGGGGGAAAAAGAGAAAAAGGGGUUGACAACAGAGAAAGACACGCCUUAAACAGACUGCCACCAAGAACCAUCCGCAGGAAAACACUUGACUUUGUCAUUGUCAGUGCGAGCACAGCGUGUAUUAUUCAGGAGUCUGUCUUCCUGGCAGAAGAAGAAGAAGGAUAUGUUUAUGCAUGACUGUAUGCCUGUUUGUCCGAAUGAUUGCAAUUUGUGUUUUUUUUUAUAUGAUUUAAAUGUAAAUUAUGUUACAUCUUUUGUCAACUGCCUGAAAGUGCUUGCCUGCCAAUAUUUGUGAUACAUGUUGAUUAAAUGAAGUGAGUUCAAACUGCACGGACUCAAUAAACAA